AUGCGCAAGGACUGCAAUGGCCGUAAGGAUCGUGUUGCCAACUCCAGUCUGGUCAAGGUCGUCCAAUCUGAGGAGGCUAAUGCGCUGCGAUGCUCGAGGAUCAACUCCAAUGUCUUCAGGUACUUCCAAGAUGCUUGUGUUGCGUAUGCGCAGCCAGGUACCGAGGACGAGAUGAAGCGCAGGCGAGAGGUCGAGGAUGUGAAGUAG